AUGGGGGUGGAGAUCCUGAGCUCCACGGGGGAACACUCCUCCCAGUACUCUUCCGGGGCCGUGUCCACGGCCACGACGGAGUCGGGCGUCGGCGGACGGCUGCCGACUGCGCCGAGCCUGCCUGUCGCCAUCGCCGACGAGUCCGUGACCUCGCGGUCGGCAUCGGCGCAGUCGGCGUCGUCGCGGUUCAAGGGGGUUGUGCCGCAGCCCAACGGGCGGUGGGGCGCCCAGAUCUACGAGCGCCACGCGCGCGUCUGGCUCGGCACGUUCCCGGACGAGGACUCGGCGGCGCGCGCCUAUGACGUGGCCGCGCUCCGGUACCGGGGCCGCGAGGCCACCACCAACUUCCCCUGCGCGGCCGCAGAGGCGGAGCUCGCCUUCCUGGCGGCGCACUCCAAGGCCGAGAUCGUCGACAUGCUCCGGAAGCACACCUACGCGGACGAGCUGCGCCAGGGCCUUCGUCGCGGCCGCGGCAUGGGGGCGCGCGCCCAGCCGACGCCGUCGUGGGCGCGGGAGCCCCUCUUCGAGAAGGCCGUGACCCCGAGUGACGUCGGCAAACUCAACCGCCUCGUGGUGCCGAAGCAGCACGCCGAGAAGCACUUCCCCCUGAAGCGCACGCCGGAGACGACAACGACAACCGGUAAGGGGGUGCUGCUCAACUUCGAGGACGGCGAGGGGAAAGUGUGGAGGUUCCGGUACUCGUACUGGAACAGCAGCCAGAGCUACGUCCUCACCAAGGGUUGGAGCCGCUUCGUCCGUGAGAAGGGCCUCGGUGCCGGCGACUCCAUCGUGUUCUCGUGCUCGGCCUACGGGCAGGAGAAGCAGUUCUUCAUCGACUGCAAGAAGAACAAGACGAUGGCGAGCUGCCCCGCUGACGGCGGCGCCGCAACGGCGUCGCCGCCUGUGGCAGAGGCAGCUAAUGGAGAACAAGUCCGUGUCGUGAGGCUGUUUGGCGUCGACAUCGCCGGAGAGAAGAGGGGGCGAGUGGCGCAGGCGGAGCAGGAGUUGUUCAAGAGGCAAUGCGUGGCACACAGCCAGCACUCUCCUGCCCUAGGUGCCUUCGUCUUAUAG